CUCGUCCCGACACAAUUUAGGGAACGAGGAAAACAAAGAGGCACUCACGCCGGUCCGUGAAGGCAAGUGCAGGGCUCAGGAGCCGCGGCCGUCUGACAGCUGGCGGCAGGACCGACCGCAGGAGGGGAGACGGCCCUAACAACCAAGCUCCUGCUGCAAGAGGAGGCAGGAGUCCCACUGAUGGACCUGACAGCAUGUCAGCAGAGCCCUGCAUCUGAGAGGGCAGCCUAGGACCCGGAGCCCCAGUGCCUUCGCGUCCCUAUGUGCCUUCGCCUUUGCUAAGCUGCUGGCUGUUUUUUUUUUUUUUUUUUUUUAACUGAAAGACAGAAAGAAUGUGGCAGAUUGUUUUCUUUACUCUGAGCUGUGAUCUUGUCCGAGCCGCAGCCUACAACAACUUUCGGAGAAGCAUGGACAGCAUCGGGAGAAGGCAGUAUCAGGUUCAGCACGGGUCCUGCAGCUACACGUUCCUCCUGCCAGAAACAGACAACUGCCGCUCCUCUGGCUCCUAUGUGCCCAACGCCGUGCAGAGGGACGCGCCGCUAGAUUACGACGACUCGGUGCAGCGGCUCCAAGUGUUAGAGAACAUCAUGGAGAAUAAUACACAGUGGCUAAUUAAGCUUGAGAAUUACAUACAGGACAACAUGAAGAAAGAGAUGGUAGAGAUGCAACAGAAUGCAGUACAGAACCAGACUGCCGUGAUGAUAGAAAUUGGAACAAACCUACUAAAUCAAACAGCAGAGCAAACACGGAAGUUAACAGAUGUCGAAGCACAAGUAUUAAAUCAGACAACAAGACUUGAACUUCAGCUUCUGGAACAUUCCCUUUCCACCAACAAAUUGGAAAAACAGAUUUUGGAUCAGACCAGUGAAAUAAACAAAUUGCAAGAUAAGAACAGUUUCCUGGAAAAGAAAGUACUAGACAUGGAAGACAAGCAUAUAGUUCAACUACGGUCAAUAAAAGAAGAGAAAGAUCAGCUCCAGGUGUUAGUAUCCAAGCAAAACUCCAUCAUUGAAGAACUAGAAAAACAGUUAGUGACCGCCACAGUGAAUAAUUCGGUUCUCCAGAAGCAGCAACAUGAUCUGAUGGAGACAGUUCAUAGUUUAUUGACUAUGAUAUCACCAUCAAACUCACCUAAGGACUCCUUUGUUGCUAAGGAAGAGCAGAUCAUUUUCAGAGACUGUGCAGAAGUAUUCAAGUCAGGACUGACAACCAAUGGCAUCUAUACGCUAACAUUCCCUAAUUCCACAGAGGAGAUAAAGGCAUACUGCGACAUGGAAACCUCUGGAGGUGGGUGGACGGUCAUUCAGCGGCGUGAAGAUGGCAGUGUUGAUUUUCAGAGGACUUGGAAAGACUAUAAAGUGGGAUUUGGGAACCCUUCUGGCGAACACUGGCUGGGAAAUGAGUUUGUUUUCCAAGUGACCAAUCAACAGCCAUAUGUGCUUAAAAUACAUCUUAAGGACUGGGAGGGAAACGAGGCGUACUCGCUGUAUGAACAUUUCUAUCUCUCCGGUGAAGAACUCAAUUACAGGAUUCACCUUAAAGGACUUACAGGGACAGCCGGCAAAAUAAGCAGCAUAAGCCAACCAGGAAAUGAUUUUAGCACAAAGGAUGCAGACAACGACAAAUGUAUUUGCAAAUGUUCACAAAUGCUCACAGGAGGCUGGUGGUUUGAUGCAUGCGGCCCCUCCAACUUGAACGGAAUGUACUACCCGCAGAGGCAGAACACAAAUAAGUUCAACGGCAUUAAGUGGUACUACUGGAAAGGCUCAGGCUACUCGCUCAAGGGCACAACCAUGAUGAUCCGACCGGCGGACUUCUAGGUGCCUGCACACACCGGAGGAGUGCUAGGUGCCAAGACCUCAGCCCGAAGCUCAAAAAGCCCAGGCUGCGUCAGUGUCUCUUCCACCUCAAACAGGUGGCGUGCGCGCGGGUGCACCGGGAUCCACGCGCUCCAGCUGAGAGCCCCGCAGACCUCCUCACUCAGGCCUGCACCACACAGGCCCCAAGCGCAGCCCUGGUAUUGUGACCCAGCAGAACGCCUAUGGCAAGAUAAACCUAAGCCCGCGAAUUUAAGACUGACAAUUUACAGACUCUGAUGUCACAACCAAGAAUGUUGUGUCGAGUUCAUCCGUAAAUAACUGGAAAACAGAACACUUAGGCUAUACAGUAGAGAUAACCUUGGAGCUACAUUUUUCUCAGUCCUGUUUAUGGAUUGUGUAAAUAUCCAUAUGUCCUGAAUUCAGCAUCACUAUCAUAACUGAAAGGAAGAAAAAAAAAACACUAAGCCAUAAAAAUAUAUUAUGUAUUCAGGGAUUUUCUGGGAAGUGCUUAUUUGCAGUUUAAUAUUUGGAGAAGGAAAAAACAUAGUUAAUGCAUUUUCACUCCUCCUCUUAGGUGCUUUAAACUUUCAUCCUGAAAUCAGCAUAUUUACGAAUGUGUUGACAGCGUAGAUUUAAGUGAAUGCUCAAAUAUGUAUUCCAAGUUUAAAUGGUGAAAACUUCCAGGAUCUCUGAAAUUACAGAAAUGUGUGUUCUUUCAGUUUAUAUGGAGAUUGUACUAUUUUUUUUUUCUGCCUGGCUGUUAAAUAUAAAGGUAUUUUUAGUAAUUAAAUAUAACUUAUUAGAUAAUUACA